UACGUGGAAAUUGAUAUUACUAAUAUUGAUAUAAUGGAACAAGUAUCUACAAAGGAUCAAAUGUCAAUAGACAAUCAAAACGUUGAAAUUGAUAUUACUAAUAUUAAUAAAAUGUUAACAAAA